AUAUUUCCCGCGGUUGACACUGGAAUUAGCGGGAAAUUACUUUCUCUGCCAGUCUGACCGCCAGGUGGCGGUACUUGAGGUACCUGUGGCACGUGCAGUGCCAGGUCAGUUCAGGCAACGCACUCGGUGGUCCAGGUAGAGCUAAAAUUCUUAACCAGAGGAAAUGACAGAAACGUCCUUAGCCGUGGUCUUAGACAGCAUUAAGGAGCAGAGAAAUGAGUUAACGAAGUAUUUAGACUCCAAAUUAGAGACCUUGAGGCAGGAAUUAAGUACAGAAAACCAGGAGGCUGGGUUCAAAAAAGUGAAGACUGAGCCGGAGUUCACGUGGAAACGGCAGGGUAACAAAGAACAAUUUAAGUUUAACAAUGGCAUUCAGGAAGAUGUAACGCAAGCGUUAUGGGCCUUACGUAUGGGUAAAACUGACUAUUGCUGUGAGCUAUUGGAGAAGAGUGUUUCCGAGAUCAAGGGGAGAAAUAAGCUCGUCAAGUUGGCAGACUCGUCAGAAUGUGGCUGGGAGACAGUUAAAUGUUACGUUACUAAUCCGCUCGCUAGUGAUUCGGAGGACGAGAAGAAAAUUAACAAGGCAGAAGCAAAAGCAAACAAGAAAAGGAAAGACAAAGUAGCCAAGAAGGACAGUCGGGCUAAGUAUGGCAGGGUAUACGGCGGUCCCGGUCGUUCUGGUGGCGGCGGCGCUGUGCUUAGUCAGCUACCUAGCACUUCCGGUGGGAACACAGCAGGACAGACAUUUUUUCGUGGCCAACGAAGAGCAUGGGCAGGUGGAGCAUGUUUCGGAUGUGGAGAUUUCAGCCAUUACAGGAAGGACUGUCCACUCAACACAGGAGGCAAACAACAAGGAGUACCAGGCGGGUCUAAAUGAGUCGGUGAAGGAAGGGUCCAAGGACUUGUUGUUAGGAUUCUUAAGGAGUGCAGAGGUAUUGAAUUUGAUGAGAUGCGAUAUUCAGUUGUCCUCCACCCACACAGAGCUUUUCAUAGAGCAGUCCAAGACAGAUAUCUACCGAGACGGCUCCUGGGUUUUGAUUGCUAGAACUGAUAACAAGUUAUGCCCAGUGAGGAAUCUUAAAAUCUAUCUGCAGUUGGCAGAGAUCAGUGACAGUAGCAGUGAGUAUAUCUUUCGGAAUGUGACAAAGUGCAAGGAUCGAUAUACCCUAAGGAAGUGUAAUAAGCCGAUGAUAUAUUCAAGACUGCGAGAAUCUUUUUUGCAUCAUUUUUCCAGUGUUGUUCCAGACAUUUCGAAAUAUGGUCUUCAUAGCUUCCGAGCAGGAGGGGCUACUGCUGCUGCGAAUGGAGGAGUGGUUGAUAGACUUUUCAAGCGCCAUGGAAGAUGGCGGUCAGAGACAGCUAAAGAUGGUUAUGUUAAAGACAGUGUGGUAGAAAGAUUAUCUGUUUCUCAAAAUCUCGGUUUAUAAGGGUAAAGGUUAGGGUUUAGAAGUGGGUGGAGGACUGUGAAUUUAGCAUUCGCCGUAACAUAUAUAUAUAUAUAUUAUUGAGUCAAUUUUAAAUAGUGAGAGUUUAAACAAUGUUUUGGUAUCUCGAUCCCGCUCUUUAGGUUCAUCGUUCGUGCGUUGUGGACAAUCAUUGAUUGUUUGUUAUUGCCACCGGGGGGUUGGGUGUGGCAGAGAAAUCAUAUUUCCCGCGGUUGACACUGGAAUUAGCGGGAAAUUACUUUCUCUGCCAGUCUGACCGCCAGGUGGCGGUACUUGAGGUACCUGUGGCACGUGCAGUGCCAGGUCAGUUCAGGCAACGCACUCGGUGGUCCAGGUAGAGCUAAAAUUCUUU